AUGUCAACUUCCUCCAUCAAGUUAACAGAUCUCAUUGAUUUUGUGGAGAAUCCAGAUGGGUCACUCACCAGAAAUAGCCCAUUCCCUGAAGUACCACCGACGGAACAAAUAACCCCAGAUUCCAAAGAACUUUCGCUCUCUAAGGACAUCCCUCUAAACGCCAACAACAAAACAUUCCUUCGUCUAUUUCGCCCUCUAUAUCCUCCUCAAAACUCCAAACUCCCUCUCGUUAUAUACUAUCAUGGAGGUGGCUUUGUCCUUUACAGUGCUGCAACUCUUGCUUUCCAUCAAACAUGCAGUGACAUGGCUUCUCAUUUCCCUGCUCUCGUCCUGUCUGUUGACUAUCGUCUUGCCCCUGGACAUCGCCUUCCUGCUGCAUAUGAAGAUGCUAUUGAGGCUAUCAAGUGGGUCCAAAACCAAGUUUUGGAUAUUAACUGCCCUUCAUGUGAACCAUGGUUCAAAGAAUACCUUGAUUUUUCAAGGUGUUUCUUGAUGGGCAUGAGUGCUGGUGGCAAUAUUGCCUACCGUGCGAACUUGCUUUCCUUGAAUAUUGAUAUCAAACCCUUGAAAAUCAUUGGGUUGAUAUUGAAUAUGCCAUAUUUUUCUGCUGUGAACAGGACUGAAUCAGAGAAAAGGUUGAUCAAUGAUCCGGUUUUGCCAUUGGCUAUUAGUGAUCAUAUGUGGGCUUUGUCUUUGCCUAAAGGUGCCGAUCGUGAUCAUGAGUAUUGUAACCCGAUUGUUGGUGAGUCUCUUGAAAACAACAAAAUCGAGCAGCUGCCAAGGUGUUUCUUCAGAGGAUAUGCUGGGGAUCCACUUGUUGACAAGCAAAAGGAGUUGGUGAAGAUGUUAGAGUCGCGCGGAGUGGACGUGGUUGCGAAGUUUGAUGAGGAUGGUUUCCAUGCUGUGGAGGUUUUUGACCCAGUAAAGGCCAAGGCCUUGUAUGAUUAUGUUAAAGAAUUCAUUAACACAACUGUUUAA